AAUUUUACCCACUUUCCUUGUGUGUUACUGCAUUAAAGCCAAUAGUUCCUGAGCGGUGCAAUUACCACUUGCCAUCGAUGCAGCAGUGAGUGCGGCAAGCGAUGUGGAAAUAUGUUUCCCGUCGUAUACGCGAUGUGUACGACAAGACUGCCCAUGUACUAGAGGUACCUCGCACCUGGAACUGUGGUGCGAGCGAACGGUUCGCUGGGGAAUCGGCACCGGAUGAUGGAGUUUGCGGCCGUGAGCAGCAUGAAGCGAGCGGUAGACGCUACUGCUUGUUACAUGUUGCCCGCCCGAAUCAGCUUGGUGAACGGAAGAAUCAGCAGUAUGGUACCGGUUCGAACCAGUCGGAUCAAGAGGGCACCAGGCGGAAGGAAUACCACCAAACACCGAUUGAACACUCGUGGCUGGGUGCAAUAACAUGGACCAGUGCCAUUAUCUGUGGAUGGUAUACCACCCAGCUGCUCUGCCUUCAUCGUCGCACACGACGAUACGAUCGUCCAACCUUUGGUAAGGGCAUAACUUCCCAGUUACUGUUUGCGGCCUCGGAACAUCGUAGACUUUCGGCCCGCCAUUGUGAGCUGAUAGCGCAGCACUUUGGCUUAAGAUCUGCUGCUAGACUUGCUGCUCCGUUUCCGAAACCUUCCAUCACCGAUCAAAAUUGGGCAGUUGCGAAGGAGCAGCAAAGAAGCGCCCUAGUGCAAACGUUCGCCCCCUUCAUCCCCUAUGAUGGGCACGAUUUUGUGGAUUACACCGACAGAAAUCGUUCCGAGCUUCAGCGUUUCGUUUUUCAAAUUAACAACGAAACGAAACCGACUGUCAAUGCUCCGAAAGAGGAAUUCGUUUCACUGACUAACAACGUCCCCAUCGCGAAAGUACAAUCGCAGGACGUAGAACGAACGGAAACCAUCGAUGAUGCGUUUAAGAACUUACUCUCCGUCCUGGGUGAGAUCGAGUAUCAGCUGGGGUGUCGCAAUCUGGAGCUGGGAGACUUUGACUCUGCCGUGUCCCAUCUGAAGCUGGGCACCAGCCAUCGUCAUGCCGGUGCUGCUUUUAACCUUGGCAUUUGCUAUGAGCAAGGUUACGGUAUGCCGAAAGAUAUGCAUAUGGCCUUGGAAUGCUAUCAGCAGGCGGCCGAGCAGGGUCACCCGCAAGCUAUAUACAAUGUUGGAGUUUUUCAUGCCCGCGGGUACGCCGGAUUGCAUCCAAGUCGUUCGAUGGCGAAAAAGUAUUUCCUUGCAGCCGCUGAGCUUGGGCUGGAAGAAGCCAUCGCUACCCUUGGGCCGAAGUACCGACAUAGCCGAAAGGAAUCACUGGUGGAUAAUGAAGCACAUAACGGAGGUCACAUGCAGCAGUCGUUCCACUUUACACUGGAGAACGUUGAUCAGUUCCAUGGUACUAAAAUCCACAACGCGCAACCAACUGUACAGCUGCAUCUUGUAGAACAUAGAUUAUAGAACCGUUGUCCCCACUGGACACAUAAAAUGUUUGCUAGUUUCGUAGCAGCUGUGCUCAACUUCAUAUUUUUUCAUUUAGUUUAGUUGUUUUUGAUAAUGUUCAAUCUUUUCAUUCACUAAUUCGUUUUGCUACCAUCGUGGAGUGUUGCGACAUUUGAAUGCCGACAAGCAGUGCAGUAUCAAGGUCGUUUUGUUUGCGUUCAAAAUUUGUCCCAAACCCGCACGGGUCGAUUCGAAAAAAAUUAGUGCACGGUACUUUGUUUGGUGGUGUUUUUGGGGAUUUUCUACUCUGGGUUUAAAAGUUGGAUCAGAGAUCACUUAAGAAAAGCAAAACAUGAUACCUUAAAGCGAUUAUUGAACAAUCGCACGUUUGCCAUUGACAUGAUUGUUUGUGUGAUUUUUGUAAAAUUGCAGCAGAACGUUGAAUCAAUAAAAGUUGUUCCUAACGUCGACAAAC